CUGUAGUGGAUACGCUUUGCAAUGCAUUGUUGUUAACGUGAACUCUUUCCAAAUAGUGCUGUGUAGCGAGGCUAACCGCUUGUCAAGCAAUAAGCUAACGGAAACCAUUCUCAGUCCGACUUGCCAGCCAGUGGACAGGAUUACUAACACCGAGUGUCUUGUAUUUCUCUGACAUUUUAAAUAGUGCAGUCAUCAACCGUCUUUUGGGACGUUGAAAAGCUGAGCUAAUGCUAUUGAGGUAGCUACCAAGUUCCAAGGCUAAAGGCUAUUUACUUGCCUCUUUUUUUGGUAUGCUAGCUGGUUAGCUCUUCUAGCAGCUCAGUAUCUAGUGGAGUAGUGUAGAGAAAUAGAUUUUCUUGUGCUGGUGCAGGACGCAGUGUGCCUGGCUUCUUCUGGCCUGGAUUAGCCGGUUAGCGGUUGUGUCAGAAAAGUUUCAAAUAUAAGGCUUUCUAAACGUGGUCCAUUCUGAUACUUCUAUAGUUUUGGUUUUCAGGUGGCCAGCGCAUGAUGACAGUUGAAUAACAUGCUUUAUUUAUCCCUGAUGAAGAUCGACUAAGUGACUCGGUGAAGUUCAGAAGGAAAGAUGAGUGAGCUGAUCACACGGUUACUCUUGGCUUUGUGUGGCUCUGGAAGAGGAAGAUGACAGUGCAGCGAUGAGCUGAUUGAGAGUGGACCAGAAGAAUCCGUGGAGACUGUUAGAAAAAUGCCCAGAAGAAAACAAUCAAACCCACAGCCUGUCAAAUUGGGGCCCGAAGAUGCUGUUGGUGUUGGAAAUCCAGGGAGUUUGGUUCUGGAGAGUGAUUUCCUUCUUGAACAGGAUUUUGGGGAGAAUGACUACAAGAUCAUAGGAUUUGAGAGAGACUCUGAUUCAGUAACUGCUGACAUGGGAAUUCCAGCAUACGCCUUCAGUGACGAGGACUGCUCCAGUUACAACCGCCUCAGCAUGGAAAGUGACUUUGAGGACCCGCGAGACACUGAGAGCGAACGGGAAGAGAUAGGUGGAGACUCAUCCUUUGCCCCAUACCUCUCCUGUAGGCAGUGUGGCCAGCUCCUUGGUGAUCCCCUUAGUGGGGCCCUCGACGUUGCAGGACUCUACUGCCUUCAGUGUGGUGGUGAAGAGAAGGGAAUAGAACAGAAUCACGAACAGGGAAAGGAGGCAGUGUUUGCUCAUGGCUCUCGGCAAAAAGGACACCGAGCGAAAUCUAGCCCCAACUCCUACAAAACCCACUCAUGUAAACUGUGCAGCUUUACCUCGCGCUACUCAAACCACCUGAAGCGGCACAUGAAAACACACAAUGGCGAGAAACCAUACCAGUGCCAGCACUGCACAUACGCUUCAGCUCAGCUGGUUAACUUACAGAGACACGUGCGGACACACACUGGGGAGAAGCCAUACAAAUGUGACUAUUGUGCAUUCGCCUGCAACUCCCUUGGAAACUUAAAGAGGCACCGGCGCAUGCACACUCAGGAGAAGCCCAACAAGUGUAGCCAGUGUGAAUACCGAGCAAGUAGCAGCCACACCCUGAAACGACAUAUGAUGGUACAUGAAACAGAUGAGUCCACAGCCAUGGUGGAAGAGAACGUAGGACCCGAUCUGAGUGUGCACAUUAGUGCUGAUCCAGACUUCCUGCAGAGUAUUGGGAGCCUGCAUGCUGAUCAUCAUCCUCCCAGUCUUUUAGAGGCAGAGGCACUUGGCCCGGAGUCAGAGCCCAUUGCCGAGCUGCUUUUCCCCAUCACUUGUCGCGUGUGUGGCUUGGCACUGGAGGACGAGGACGGUGAGGACAUGCACAUCUGUAACAAGUGCACUCUGGACAUGCUGGCUAAGAGCUCUCUAACUAGUCCUGAGAAAGAAGACAAGCUUUUCUCCUGCACUUCAUGCCCCUUCAUCACACAGUACCCCAACCACCUUGUGCGGCACAUGAAGACUCACAGCGGGGAAAAGCCUUACAAAUGCCCGCAGUGCAAUUACGCCUCCGCCCAUUUCGACAACCUGAAAAGGCACCACCGUGUGCACACAGGCGAGAAGCCCUACAAGUGCCACCUUUGCGACUACGCGUGUGGGAACCUGGCUAACCUAAAGCGACACGAACGCAUCCACUCGGGUGCCAAACCCUUUCAAUGUACCGUGUGCAACUACAGCUGUAACCAGAGCAUGAAUCUGAAGCGCCACAUGCUGCGGCACACUGGCGAGAAACCAUUUAAGUGUCAGGAGUGUGCCUACACUACAGGCCACUGGGACAACUACAAACGGCACCAAAAAAAGCACGGCCACUCCCCUGAAGGCUGGAUGAAGAUACCAUUGCCAGAGAAGGAGGAAGAGGAGGAGGAAGGCGAGAUGUAGCGGGUUUUUUUUUUUUUGAAUGGAGCCCUUCUUACAUGCUCUUAAUACCUAGCAGAAGUUGCCUUACUGUUUUUAUAUCGCAAAGGUGCAAGGUGCAUAUGGCAAGAGUGUGACCCUCUAAUUCAUAAUUUGUUCCUCUUCGAAUGUUGACAGUAGUAAGACUACUGUGAAAUCAUUCUAUCAGCAUGCUGAACAAAUUCAACAGAGAAGCGAGUAUAUCCCCACAAGCAUACAUGGGAGUUGACAUUAAAAUUGAAGUUUUAUUUAAUCUGUAGCACAAACCAUUCAUGUCCAGUUUGAAAAGCGUUAGACUUUGAAAUUUAGACUGAGAACAAAUGUGGUUAUACAUCUGUUACUUUAAAGCUGGUCUGAUUAAGCUGACUUAUAGGCUAAACCUUUAUUAACACCUCCAUUCUUAUUCUUUUCAUAUCAUUUACUGAGGGAAAGUGUGUUGCAAUAAAGCCAAUGAGUCGUCCUUUUCUAGGUUGAUACUAUAUUUCUUUUAAAUUCUUUAUCGUGGAUUUGAUUACACUGAAAACCUCUGGUUGCUGCUAAAUUAUAUAGGAUGUACAAAUAUGUAGGUGCUUUUUCUGGAUUUUACUGUAAAACAAUUGUCAGCUGCCCCUGCACCAAUGCUGCACUGUGUGUGUGUGUGUGUGUGUGUGUGUGUGUGUGUGUGUGUGUGUGUGUGUGUGUGUGUGUGUGUGUGUGUGUGUGUGUGUGUGUGUGUGUGUGUGUGUGUGUGUGUGUGUGUGUGUGUGUAUACAUAUACAUUCACAGGGGUCUUUUAGGCCCCUGGCACUCGCCUUAUUUCCCAAGGAAAUGUGGUGUGUGUCUGUAAGUGUGCUUGUGUGUUUGAGACUUUUUGUAAGUGACUUUCAAACAGUUUUUGUAAUUAAGUUGUGUGACGCCUACUGUGAAAUUUCAUUUUUCAUGAAAUAUAAGCCCAUUAACGGGAUAAGGUUGGAAAUGAUAUGUUUUUUUUUUUUUUUUUAGGAAAGACCUCAUGAGGAAAAAAGGGAGAAAGACCACAUUUGCUAUUAUUAUUUUAUUGAAAUAGUCACAGACAGCACAUUUCUAUGAUUGUAGGUGUCUUAAUGGUUUUCACUCUAUGCUUUUUGUACAAUAUAUUUUUUGGAAAGAAAUAGUAAAAAUAUAUUUUGUACAGAAAGAGCACAAGAUUUAUUUAAAAAAAUGGCCAAGAUCAUUAGUCAUUCAAUGAAAUCAGGGACAAAGUCAACGUAUUUUAUGCAGAAUUAUGAACUUGUAAUGUUGUCAUAUAUUGUCAAAAUGAUUAUUUAAGUACUGUAUAUUAUUUUUGUGGUUUUUCAUUUGCUUUAUUGUUGCAGGGACUUGUUAAAUGACCCUUGGCUUUAUAAUAAAACAAGAGAUUAAUUAUUUUUAAA